AUGUUUGCGGCGGAUGGAAUUCCAACGCGGUUGCUGCCGCACCUCCUCGAAGGAAUUGGCACGUGCACGCCCGGUCAGCAACGUCGACUGAUGUUUGUGCUCGGACAGCUGUUUGCGUUUCUGCUCAUAACAGAAAAACGGGCUCGAUGCGUAGAGGCGUACACAAGCGAGUGGAAACUGUGCAGCGAUGGUGGACCUGGGAAACUGUCGUUCCGUGGGCUGCCAGUCUACCCGGCGCAGGCGACGUGGACUGCGUGCGGGCAGCGUGGUAACGACCACACUCUCGUCUCAGGUGUCUCACGCUGCGUUCCGCCGUUACGCCUGGUGCAGGCGAUUGCGCUGCUGAAGUCUGGUUUUCCGCCCCACUCCUUUGUGUGGUCAAAGAUUUGGUUGGAGUUUUUUUUAAGGAGGCGCAGCGGGUGA